AUGGGAGAUGCAAGCCAAGCCGUCGCCCUAUCCGGCAAGAGCAGCUGGAAGGUGGACAUGUUCAGCUGCUUCGACAACUUCGGUCUGUGCUGUAUGACAUUCUGCUGCCCGUGUGUGACGGCGGGCAAGAACGCCGAGGCCGCCGGGGAAGACUGCUUCAGGUUCGGCCUGCUUUCCAUGAUGGGUCCGAUCGGGAUGUACAGCAUGGCCUACACACGUACGAAGAUCGCCGAGAAGGAAGGCAUCCCCGCCGACUUCACAACCAACAUGAUGAUCUACGGCGCUGUUCCGUUGUGCGCUCUCAUUCAAGAGGCACAACAAGUUGAGGGCGCCAAGCCACCUGCUCAAGGGCAGAUGAGUCGGGAUUAG